CCUUUAUAAAACGGAAACCCUCUCAGCACCAGAAUCACUCCUCACUCAAAAUUACCAUCACUAAUACUUCCCUAUCCCAAAUCUCCACAACAUGCUCCGACAACUCAUUUGCGCCCUCGCCCUCGUCGCCUUUGUUGGCGUCGUGGUGGAAGGUGCUGGAAUCACUUGCUCGGCCAAGAAGGAGCCAAACCCUAUCGGUGUUGCCACCAAGUUUAUGAAGUGCGCAGCACACUCCAAAGAAAAGGGGAAAGCCGGCCGUUGUAUCCUUACAACAAUUGACAAGGGCAUGGACUACGCUGCAUGUAUCAAGUACUUGAAAAGUGUUAUACCAGCCAAGGCAAAGGCUAAUUGCGAUAAGGAUUUGGCACCGUGCGCCUCCAAAGUGAAGGCAUGCAAGUCUGAAAAGGACGAUGCAAGUGGAAAGACGUGCGAGCCAGCAGCUACAUGUUUUCUGGAUUGGUAUAACAAAAUGUGCAAGUAAAUGGAUAACUAUUUCGUGCCACAAAAUAUUCUAUAUUCUACCAUUUUAAACUCUACAAAUUUGAAGAACUGACUUCUACUUUAUAUAUUCUACGAAAAAUCCGGUUAAACAAUUUUUUUGGUAAUUUGUGUUCCAUUAUAAUCUGUUGCUUCUUCAGAAAUAAAUGUUCCCAAAAUAUUUUUUACA